GAGGCACUCCCGGCACAGGGCCCACCUCUCCCCACCACCUCGCAGGGAUAAAACCCGGGGUGUCAGCGGGCAGCCCGGGAGCCUGGAGGCGGCGAGCCCCGGCCGCCCCUGAGGCGAGAGCUCCGCAAGAUGGCGAGCGCGGGUUCCCGCGCCCUCCCCAAGAUGGCGGCGGGCGGCGCGGCGGGCGCGCGGGCCCUGAGGCGCACGGAGCUCCGCGGCCAGGGGCGGCGGCGGCCGGGGCGCGGGGCCAAGGAGCCCCGGGAGGAGCCGCCGCCGACCGCCCGCCGCCGGACGCCGAGCCCGUGUUCUUCACACAAGGCCUCUGACAGACAACCCGCAAAGAGGCGAAAAUGUGAAAGAAGUGGCCUAGUAAAAUCAGAAGGAUUUGCAUGUGGCAGUGGAAGCUUUGCUGUAUCAGGGGAGACAGCCACAACAUCUGAUGGGGAUCAACCUUCAGAAGAUCCAGGAGACCACAACACAGUUCAACAGAAAAAAGGUGAAAACAUUCCAGAGACUAAUGAAGAAAAGCAGCAAAAGGAGUGUGGGGUUUCUCUCGUGACACGUGCGGUGAAACCGCGCGGUGCUCCCUCAGAAAUGGACAGUGAGGAAAAUCUGCCCAGCCCUGUCUGCAGCGACGAGGAGAGCAGCUGUGAGAGUGCACUGUCAGAUGGGUCCAGCUGGGAGGAUGCUGGUCUCCUCAAGAAGCCGAUCCAACGAGACAAUAGUGCUUUCUUGGAUGAAGACAGCAACCAGCCAAUGCCAGUGGCCUGCUUCUUUGGAGACGUGGAGGAUCUCCCAGCUGUUGCACUCCCCAGCACAACAAUGAGCAGGCGAGAAUUCAGAAAGCUGCACUUCAUUGCGAAGGAGGAUGAGGAGGAGGAAGAGGAUGUUGCCUAACAACAAACUGUAAACAGAUUAAACCUUUUUUUCCCCUCUUUUCUUUGCCACCACAUAGUGAUGGCUGGCUGUGUCACCAACAUACGGUGUCUGCGUUUGCCUUUUCUCCGAGACAGAGCUGGUAGAGCUUGUCUUUGUGGGAUGGGGGUGUGUAACAUUCUCCCACAGUUACCUGGGGCACAGAUUUGACUGAAUUUUCAGUGAUUUGUAAAGAAAUCAUAAUUUAUCAUUUUACCACUAGCAUUUAGGGGAAAAACACAGGGAAAACAGAAGUUUUUAAGGCAUCUAUAAACCACAGCCCGUACCUAGGGUGAGCACUUGGUCUCACUCCUCUUUUUAAAAAUAGCCAAGAAAAUUGUUAGAACAAGGUCCCUUUUCUCUCCAGUCUGUACUGUUUGCCAUCAUGGCAUCUGGUCAGUAAUGUUGCCAGCUGACUACCCAGUGCAGAAAGACACUGGUGUCUGGUGUGUAAGUUGUGCUGCAUUGUUUAGAUCUAAACCAGAACCAACUAACCCUCUCAAUUGCAGUUCUGCUGGCAAAGCUAAGCACCUGAGUGUCACCCACUCGGUGGCAUUCAUCUCUGAAGGUUAAGUACAUGUUUAUUACUUGUCAGUUCUCUGAACAAGCAGCAGGUGAAGCUGACUGCUUCCCUUUCCCACCACAUCACCCAGAGCACUGCCUUUCAGGGUAGUUGUGUGCUGCAGCUCCUGCAGCACUUUCAGUUGACUUCCAGGGGUUAUGAGUAGGAAUGUUGUAAACAGACAUCCUGGUGGUGAUAAAGGCUGAACCAUCUCUUGGUGUCAGUUAUGUCUGGUAGGUGAAUGAGUUGAUUACUUAGGAUAUGGGUCACUCCACCAAACCUGUUAUUUUGGCCUGCAUUUGUUUAUAAAAUAGUAAACAAUCUGAGAUGACUUCAGCAACUGUAAACUCACCCUGUGCUUAGGAUAAUACUUCUUUGAGAGUGUGAUUAUGCAAUAAGUUUCCAGAUCUUUAUUGUUGUACUUUCUCCUAUAUUUCUAAAAAUAGAGAGGAAAAUGUUAUCAGCAGAUGGUUAAAAUAAAUAUUAAUUUCUACAGCUUCAGCCUGUUAAACAUUCAAAA